AUGGACUGGGACUCUGAUACUUGUGACACAGGUGAGAAGCAUACAAAUUAUUCCAGACAGACCACUAAGCAGGUGGGCCACACAUCCAACCUCCAGAAGGAGGUAGACAUGAAUUACUCGCAGUCAUGCAGCCCUCGUUGCAGCUCUGCUGGACCUUCAGGUAAGCAGGAGCUUCCUGCAGGGUUGCAAUGUGAAGACAAAGAAACCUAUGAGACCUAUUACCAGAAACGAGGUGCGAGUACAGCUGGGGUAUUUGUCCCCUCUGGUACCAACUUUGCCCUGCAGUGUGAAGAUAAAGAUUUAAAGCUCUGUUGCUCUGCGCGGUCCUGGAAACCAGGGAGAAGACUUCACGAUGCUAAUGAAAAUUCCCUUCUUGCUGAUGUGUUUGGUGAGGACCUAGAGCCAGAGGAAACUUUGCCAUAUCAGUGCAAGAAGUGUGGCUCCUCUUUCCGGGAUGUGAGCGAGCUGCAGGCACAUAAACGAACUCACCUUGUGGAAAACUCAUACCGGUGUCCCGUCUGUGCCAAAGAGUUCUUCCGUGCGGCAAAUUUGCGAAUGCACAAGCUCAUUCAUUCCAGUGACAGACCACACAAAUGUCCAGAGUGUGACAAGGGUUUCAUUCGCACGGCGGAUGUCUGGAGGCACCUACGCAGCGUGCACAAGAUAGAGCGCUCCAUGGUGAUCCUGGGAAACGGCAUGGCGAGGAACCCAUGGUCGACGGCGCGCCGUAACCAACGCGCUGUUGAGUACGUCAGUCAGCCUUGUGCCGAAAACCAAAAGUCUGAGGAAGACGACUGUAAGCCUUACGCCUGUCCAACGUGUGGCAAAGGUUUCAAUAAGCCCAACCUGCUUUCCAAACACAAGGUGAUCCACCGAGAAGACAAGCCCUACAAGUGUCAGGAAUGUGGCAUGGCAUUCGUCCAGCUGCUCAGGCUGAAGAGGCACCAGCAGACUCACUCCGGGGAACGCCCCUUCUACUGCCAGGAGUGCGGGGGCACGUUCACCCGACUGGCGUCGCUCCAGCGCCAUCACCGCAUCCACACUGGUGAGAAGCCCUACUCUUGCAGUUACUGCGGUCAUUCCUUCACUGAGUCAGGUACCCUACGGAGGCACGAGCGCACGCACAAACUGGACAGAUCUUAA